GCGCAUUCUCUCGUUGACCGCCGCGGGGAACGCACGCACGUAGCCGUCUCGAAAUCGAAACAAGUGAAGUGCAGUGAGUGAUUUAUUGUGAAAGAAAAUGUGAAUAUUUCUGUUUUUUUCUAAGUGAUUAUUGCAAACACAGAGUAUGAAGACCGUCGAUAUUUUAGAGGGUUCAGAUCCUCGCGUGGCGACCUGCCGCGGGCGGCUGCAGACCAGGCGCUGCCAGCUCAACCAGGAGAUCAACAAGGAGCUGCGGCUGCGGGCCGGCGCCGAGAACUUGUUCAAGGCCACAACGAACAGAAAACUCCGUGAGACGGUGGCCCUGGAGCUGAGCUUCGUGAACUCCAACCUGCAACUCCUGAAGGAACAGCUGGCCGAGCUCAACUCGUCCGUGGAACUCUACCAGAGCGACAGCGGUAAAGAAUGCGUGAUGCCGAUGAUCCCGCUGGGGCUGAAGGAGACGAAGGAGGUGGACUUCAGGGAGCCGUUCAAGGACUUCAUCCUGGAGCACUACAGCGAGGACGCGGCGGCUUAUGAAGAUGCUAUCUCGGACUUCAUGGAUAUGAGACAGGCGAUGCGCACGCCAGUCAGAUCGAGCGCGGGCGUCGCUCUGCUGUUCAAGUACUACAACCAGCUGUAUUUCAUCGAGCGACGGUUCUUCCCGCCCGACCGCUCGCUCGGCGUCUACUUCGAGUGGUUCGAUUCGUUAACAGGAGUCCCGUCAUGCCAGCGAACAGUGGCUUUCGAGAAAGCUUGUGUCUUGUUCAACAUAGCUGGCAUCUAUACUCAACUAGGAGCUAAACAGGACCGCUCGACGUGCUCGGGCCUGGACGGCGGCGUGGAGGCGUGGCUCCGCGCGGCGGGCGCGCUGCGCUACGUGCUGGACAACUUCACCAACGCGCCCUCCGUCGACCUCGCCGCCGACACACUGCUUGUACUCGCCGCGCUCAUGACUGCCCAAGCCCGCGAGUGCCUGUUCGAGAAGCUGCAGCUGCAGGCGGGCGAGGCGGUCCCCGAGCUGCGGCGCGCGCCCGACCUCUGCCUCGACCUCGCGCACGAGGCCGCGCAUCUCGCGCACACAUACAGGCAGCUCUACGACAAGAUGCAAUCAGAGGGUGUGUUCAACUACGUGCCAUACUCGUGGGUCUCUUUAGUCCACGUUAAGACUGAGUUUUAUAAAGCGUUGGCGCACCAGUAUUGUGCGACAGGUCUACUGAACAUGCCAGCAUCGUCUCGCUCCCCCAGCCGCCUUGCAUCGCUCUACGAUGCUGAUACACAUCUCGAUAAUGGCUCUUCUAUAUCUCCAACGCUGAAGGACGCUGAUGUGGAUUGGAUCGCAUUAGGCCGCGCACAUCUCGCUGAGGCGCUCACUUUGUACGAAGAAGCGCUCAGACUACAAAGGAUGUGUCGUGAGUUGCGCGGCAAGGAAGCGAUCUCUCUAGUAGUACGCGCCCAGCUGGAGCGCGCGGCGCGGGAGCGCGGGGCCGGCGCCGCGCACAAUGACAACGACGCCAACGACUUCACCGACCUCAUCGACGCGCCCAACGUACAGCCAUCAUCGAAAUUCCAACUGGCCCUAACGCAACCGGACUUCGCUCAGCACAGAGUAGAAGAUCUAUUCAAGUCUUUGGGUCCAAUCGCCAUAUUCUCCGCCAAACGUCACUGGAGCGCCCCACGGCUCGUCCAACUACAAAAAUAUAGAGAUGGGUCCCGCCGCAUUGAGAGACCACGAAAUGGAAACGUUGAAGAUUAUGAAGAAACAAGAAACGGCAAACACAGGAGCGAGAAGCGAGACAGGUCGGAAGAUAACAGCACUUAUUACAACCAAAUAAUUAGAAGCGAUGAGAAGUAUUCCAACGAAUAUGAAAAGAAGAAACUACACAGGGUCACAAAACAGAAUGGAGUGUAUAUAAAUAGUUACAACAAUAAUAAUUAUGAAUAUCAUCCCAAAGUCUUGGACUAUGAUACGCAGAAUGAGUAUAAGAUUAAAGAAGGAAAACUUGAGAAUGGGGUGAAGGAGUGUAAUGGUAAAGUGAAGAAUGGAAGGCGAAAGGAUCCCUUGAGAAGGGCAGCGAGCGAAUACAACGUGUCGAACGCGAAAAACGAAGAUGAAGGCUUUGGAUUCUCAGUGAGAGGAGACGCGCCUGUUGUUAUUGCAGGGGUCGAGCCCAACUCUUUGGCUGAUAUCGGUGGUAUGCGUGAAGGAGACUUUAUAAUAUCUAUUGGCGAUACUGACGUGAAAUGGAGCUCUCAUGAUGAAGUGGUCAGACUGAUACAGGAGGCAGGAGAUACACUCACUAUGAAGCUAGCUACACCGAUGGAUAAGAGCUGUCUUAAGGCAUCACCAGAAACGCCUCGACAGUCCAACUCGAACCAAGGCUCGGUGUCUGCGGCAUCGACAGCGUCGAGCGGUUCCACAGCAGUGACUGCGCGGUCCUCGGCCCGUCGGGCGCCAUCUUGGAACCCAUUCCGACGUCACACCACCAGGGACAACAGCUCACACCGCGGGUCACACACCAGCAAUAUUAUCUUCAGAUAAAAAGAUAGGCCUUAUUAAUAACACAGUUAUUUUUUGUUAACACCGCCAUCUAUGAAUGUUAUCUUGUAUCAUUAUUGCGGUGUCUUUUACUAAUGCCAUCUUUUGGUUGUUUUGCAAAAAUAUUGCUAGAAAUUAAAUACCUUGUGUAGAAAUAUGUACUUAAAACAAAGAAACAACUGCUGGUUUAAACAUUCCUGGUCAAAAAAUCUAUUUAAAAUAAUUUGUAAACGAUGUUCACCAUCAAGUCACAAAAUAUCAAAGGUUUAUCUUUAAUGUCAAUCAGUAACGCCAUCUAUAUUUAUUAAGUCGAAAACGAUUUUGUUAAUAAGUAAAAUUAAGUUUAUAAUACCAACGCCAUCUGUUAUCCAAUGUCUGUACUACUUUAUAGAUCUUAGCGUGUUUGAGGAGAUUUAUGUAAGUUUGGGCGCGGCAACAUUUGCUACUAUUAUAUUUAGUUUCCUAAAUAAAUAGUUAGGUAUGGGAACUUUAUAUCGGCUAUGAAACUCCAAAGUUUAAUAUUUUUGUAUAAGUUACAACUUGGUAAAUAAAAAAUAUCUAUCCUAUGUAUGGAUUAAUAAAGUUUAUUAAGGUUUUAAUAACUUUCUACUAUAUAUUUGUAGUUCUCCAAACUUUUUAUACGUUUUGCCUAUCUCUAAAUAUUUUAAAACCUUUCAUUUUUCUUCUAUAAUUUUUUCUUGUAAGUUCUUUACAAGAUUUUUUCCCUAAUUUACUAUUCAAACUAAACAUUGAUUGACGCCUUUAUACAUUUUCCAAACUCGAAUUUGUCUGUAAUAUUAUAAAACAUAUAUAUUUUAUAAAAACUAAUUAUAAUAAUAUUGUAUCUAUUUCAACACAGUCCCUAAAUAACUGUCACAUCUUUAUAUUAGAAAAAGACGUGCGCAGUUGUAUAAAAACGUCGACAUUUUGAACAAAAACGACUUCUUUCCUCCUUCCAAAAUCGAAUAUUUUAAAUAAAGGUACUCACAAAUGUUGAUCAAGUUUCAAUUCGAAAUUGAAAAGUAGUCAACUACGGAAUUUCGUCGACAGUCGGAUUGGCCAUGUAGUCAAGAUGGCAAUAGCUUUCCGGGGCCCUAACGUAACUAAGACUUGGCUUAAAAUAUAAAACAAUUUCUUCGAUCUGUUUUGACCACGGGCCCCUGAGCCAUUGUCACCGGGGCCCUUAAAACCAAGUCCGACCCUGUCGACAGUACCUAAUGCCUACUGUUUUCUUACAAAACCGGCGGCUGAUUGUAAAACUACAAUUAAAAUAACAUUAUUAUAAUAUGUAUAUUGAAUAAACUAGUAAAUAUGCGUCACAAUUAAUUUAGCUAUACGUGUAAUUACAGUAUUUUAGUUUAUACAUAAACAGUUAAAUAAAAAUCUAAUUAAUAUAUUAACAUUUAACAUUUUGGAUGUGAUCGAUUUUAAAGUAUUUAAUUUGAUUCUGUACUAACAUUGAUCGCGUCCAGAAAAUAAAAUUUUAGAUUGAUUGUAACAAUUUAAAAUUUUAAUUUUGAUUUCGCUUUAGAUAUUUUGUAUAUUGUAGAUUUAAACGUGUAUAUCAACUGUAUAAUACUUGUAUAAGGUAAAAUGUAUAAAAUUGUUGUGGUUACUUUUGAACAAUAAAGGUUUAUUUAAAGGCAAA